CGGGUGGCUCUCUCUCGAUAAUAGAAGAAGAGUUCAAGGGCAUUUUCGUCAUUUUCUACAAAAUGCUAGGGUUUAAUUUCGAACCAAUUUAUAAUCGAAUCGGUUUUGUGAUUAUCCACCGUGCGUAAGUGUUUGUCGGUUCGGUUCUCUAGAACUCUCCCUCUCUCUACUCUCCUCCCUUUUUCAAAUUUUAUCUCUCUCUGAUCUGAUCUUUGUGUUUCCGGAAGAGACGUGAUCAUCUCAAAACCCUAGCUAAAGCGUUAUCAUCCGAAGUGUAGAAAAUGCUAAAUCACAUCGAGAAGGUGAAAAGAAGAGGUGGAGAUGUGAUCGAACAGAACAAGAAGACUUGCGCUGAUUGUGGCACAAGCAAAACACCUCUUUGGCGUGGUGGUCCCACCGGUCCAAAGUCGCUUUGUAACGCGUGUGGGAUCAGAAGCAGGAAGAAGAGACGAGGAGGAGUAGAAGCGAAGAAAUCAAAUUCAUGCGGCGGAGAUCUCAAGAGAAACUCUAAGUUUGGUGAAUCAGUGAAACAGAGGAUGAUGGAUUUGGGGAUGAUGAAGAGAUCGACGGUGGAGAAGCAGUUACGGAAGCUUGGGGAAGAAGAGCAAGCGGCGGUGCUUCUCAUGGCUCUCUCUUAUGGAUCAGUCUACGCUUAGGUGUGUGUGGCGAAUUUUUGAUAAUAAUAAAUGUUUUUAGGGUUUUCUGAAAUUCAGAGAGCAAUGAUGAGGACUAACAAACGAAUGUGUAAUUGUUUGGCUUUGUGAAGGUUAUAGACAAUGCGUCUUCCGG